GAAUUCACCGCUUACGACUUUGUGGUAAGACUGCCCCGUUCGAAGCCCACACGAGCACAGCAUGGCGACCCAGUUGGCUAGGAUGACCCGGACCGCUGAGAAGAAACAGCUCUCCGCCCUGAACGGCCAGUUCGCCUCCUACAUCGAGAAGGUGCAGGCGCUGAACCAGAGCAAUGCCGCCCUGGAGAGUCAGCUGCAGGCCGUCCAGGCCAAAGCUGCCCCCGUAGAAAAGGCGAAGUACGAGGGGAUGCUGAGUGCUCUGCGCGCUCAGGUGGACGGGCUGUCUCAGCAGAAGGCUCAGUUGGAGGUUGAGAGGAAUAGCUGGCAGUCGCAGGCGGAGGAAUGGCAGGGAAAGUGCGAAGAGCAGUAUACGGUGCGCUCGGGGCUGAAGGCCGAAAUCGAGAAGAACAAAACGGAACUGGCAACCAUCAAUGCUGCUCGUUCGGGCUUCGAGAGCAGGCUGGUGGCCGCGCAGGGAGAGAUCGAGGCCGUGAAUAAGAAUAACUCUACGGAGAUAGCAGCUAUGCGGGGAGAGUUGGCCCAGACCGUGACCUCGAUAGAGGCAAAGCAGGCGGCGGUGACAGGACCGGACCUCAGCGACACCCUGAGGGAGAUCCGUGAGCAGUACGAGGUGGUCGGCCAGGCGAACAGGCAGGACGCUGAGGCAAAGUACAGGGAAAAGUUUGCGGAGAUAGCCCUGCAACGGCAGAAAGACAGCGAUGCUCUGGCAGCCGCCAGGGCAGAAGUGGCUGAGUUCCAAAAGAAGAUCGACACCCUGAGGGCCGAGGCCGAGUCUAUCAGGAGCAAGAACAUCGCCAUGGAAGACGGCAUGAACCAAACGGAGGUCCGCAUACAGAAGGAGAUGGAAUCGUACAGGCAGGCCAUUGGCAAACGCGAGGCGCAGGUCGAGCAGAUGAAGCUGGAGAUUGCACAAAAUCUCACUAACUACCAGGAGCUGAUGAACGUCAAGAUGGCGCUCGACCUCGAGAUAGCCGCUUACAGGAAGCUGUUGGAGGGAGAGGAGAUCAGGCUGGCCGGCCAGGCUUAGUCGCCCUAGCCAGUUCAGACGGCCCAGAUCACCGAGCCAGUGGCGGCACCACCUCAGUAAAACUAUUCAAACCCCGUCAUGGGAGAACGUUAGAACAUAAAAUAAGAUUUUAUAGCGAGUCUCUAAUACAUUAGAUUCAUGUCACAUUCAUCAGUACAAAAACUAUCAAUCAAGGUACCGUCCAAGGAAGAAAAAAGAGGGGAUGUCAACAUAAAAGAUGAUAAUAUCAGAGAAUGGACAGUCAUGAGACAAAUCGAAACACAGAUGCUGCAGGAAACCAGGAAGGGUGGGGAAACUUCUUGCCAGAUUUUCCCUGGUGCUCGAAUACUCGAAAAGUAACUAGAUGACACAAAAAGCGCAGAUUUUAAAGAUGCCAUGGUUGAAUGGUUCAAUGAAUGGAUUUCUUCACAGUUCAUGUUACCCGUGAACACCGUUGCUAUUCUGGUAAGACAAUUACGAAACGGCACGUCGGUUACAAUAUAUAUCAAUACAAAAGCAUGUUUCUUAGUUACGUAACAAUACACUAGGUUGGCGAGAAGCUUGGAUGACAAAUAGCUACAUACAGAGUAAAUGAUAUUUGGGCACUGAGAACCACAUGCACGUCACGUUAUUCAGUGCACCUUGACCUACUGUGGCAUUUUUAUCAAAUAUAGAAGCAUCAAACGUAAUAAAAGAAGAUCAAACGU